GUAACAUUAAUCAUAUGGAAAUUCCUUCUUUCGAUUUCGUUAAUACAUUGACUGCUCCUGUUUAAGGUGUUAUUGUUCUGAUCACAUGGUUGUUAUAACCCAUGAUCUAAAUAAAUCUUGAAGUAUUGAAAUCUUACCACCAAAAUGACAUCUGAACCGGACUUGAAUGUGAUUGUCGAGCAGAUAGGGAAGUUAGAAAUUGAACCCGACCGGCGUGGUAUAAACCCCAAUAAAGAAGAACUUUCCGAUCUAGAAUCUUCCUCACUAUCGUUGGAUGGAAAAACAAGCUUAUUGUCAGACAGCAGCCUCGCACCACGUGGUCCAACUAGGAAAAACAGACAAAGUGUACAGUCAACACCAUACCGUGUUAGCCAAACUCGAUCAAAAGGGUCACUGUCUAUCGCGGAUGAAAUUAUUGAUAUGCAAGAACAGUAUAGUAAUGCCCAUCCACGCGGUAACUUGUUACCCGAUACACAGUCUGAUAUAAAUCCAUGGUCUUAUAUGUCGCAACAAAAUCAGACGAGCAAAAAUACUGGUACUGAAAACGAGGAUGUGUCUUUUAUUGAUGAGCUUUUGUUUCCCACACAUACUUUUGAAGGCAUCAACUCUUCUCCUUCACCAAGUUUUACACCAAGUCCAGAGAUAAACUGUUUUUCUGAAAAAACAUGUCCUACAAUGAGUUUUGCGUUUGGUCAAGACUUCAAUUUUGGUGACGGAAGUGAUGAUUUAAAACUUAUUGAUGAACUUAUUAACGAAGAUAUCGUUAGCAAAGCACAAUCUGGUGUCACAAGUGAUUCAGACUUGCAUCCUUAUGUAGAGUAUCUACAGCGUGAUGAUAUUAGAUUACAGCAAAAAUCCAACUUGACAAAUGCAGAGGGAAAAAACCAAGAGGAGUCUUUCUUUGAAAAGCCUGACAACAUCCCCUUGUUGCUAUCACCAACUCCUGCCAUUUAUCAAAAUGUAAAUGUUGGAAAUAUGCUAAACCAAAAUUCACAAUUGGAGAUUUGCCCACCAUUUUCUUCGACAUUCAAUACAAAUGUUACAUCAACCCAGAUCGAUUCGACUAGAUUCGGUUCGGAUCUACAAAAAAAGCUCAAAAUGACAGCAGUUGGGCACAAGGUUGUUUUGCUGCACAUAUGGGUACGCCAGUUCUAAAACAAAC